CGGACUGACGACGACGACCACGACAAUUCAACGCCCUCCGACAUCCACCACAAGGCGCAAUCAUGGCUGUCGGCAAGAACAAGCGUUUGUCAAAGGGCAAGAAGGGCCUCAAGAAGAGAACCGACCCCUUCGCCAAGAAGGACUGGUACUCCGUUAAGGCGCCCUCCACGUUCGCCAUCAGAGAUGUCGGCAAGACUCUGGUCAACAGGACCACCGGUCUGAAGAACGCGAACGACGCCCUCAAGGGCCGGAUAUUCGAGGUCUCCCUCGCCGACCUCCAGAAGGAUGAGGACCACUCGUUCCGCAAGGUCAAGCUGCGGGUCGACGAGGUCCAGGGCAAGAACUGCCUGACCAACUUCCACGGCCUGGACUUCACCUCCGACAAGCUCCGCUCCCUGGUCCGCAAGUGGCAGUCGCUGAUUGAGGCCAACGUCGUCGUCAAGACCACCGACGACUACCUCAUCCGCCUGUUCUGCAUUGCCUUCACCAAGCGCCGCCCCAACCAGAUCCGCAAGACCACCUACGCCGCCUCUUCGCAGAUUCGCGCCAUCCGCAAGAAGAUGACCGAGAUCAUGGCCCGCGAGGCUUCCAGCGUCACCCUCUCCCAGCUCACCACCAAGCUGAUCCCCGAGGUCAUUGGUCGUGAGAUCGAGAAGUCCGCCCAGGGCAUCUACCCCCUCCAGAAUGUCCACGUCAGGAAGGUCAAGAUCCUCAAGCAGCCCAAGUUCGACCUGGGUGCCCUCCUCACCCUUCACGGCGAGUCCUCCACGGAUGAGUCUGGCCAGAAGGUUGAGCGUGAGUUCAAGGAGACCGUUCUCGAGAACGUUUAAAUGGGUUAAGGAUGGACGGGAUGUCACGAUGGUCGGGUGCUCUUUCUUAGGCAUCAAAAAGGUGUUCAUGUUUUUGGAAUCAAACAAUAUCAGAGCAAUCGCCCGAUUUCCAAUUUACGACCUUUUCGAAUUCAUCCAGUGACCCACCGACAGGCUAUAGAGUGGCGAUCUGAACUUCAGAAAAGAGCACCCUUAGACCAGGCCAAGGCACUCGAGACUAUCCGGAGGCUUGCAGAGGCGGAUAUGUCAGGCUUCCAGCAACGAUGUUCCACGACGACUUUGAGGCGGGUCCAUGGCAUCUCUGUACGCCGUCAUACCCCUGGAUCGCCCCGUCAGAGGUCCGUAGGAAGCUGUAGAACAAAGAGUUCCCAAUCAACUGUCGUGCCG